AUGUCCGGAUACCGCAUCCCCUCCGCCCGCAGUGUACAUGUCCCGUCGCAGCAGUCUCCCCGUUCCGCCCCCGUGUACAUGUCCCGGGCCGCAUCUCCUCCGCCUGUGUGUACAUGUCCGGCCGCGCAUCCCCUCCGCCAGCGUGUACAUGUCCCGGGCCUGCAUCCCCCCCCUCCGCCAGCGUGUACAAUGUCCGGCCGCAUCCCCUCCGCCCGCGUGUACAUGUCCGGCCAGCAUCCCCUCCGCCCCCGCGUGUACAUGUCCGCCGCAUCCCCUCCGCCCGCGUGUACUGUCCGGCAGCAUCCCCUCCGCCCUCCGUGUACAUGUCCGGCAGCAUCCCCCUCCACUCCCCGCUGUACCAUGUCCGGCAGCAUCCCUCCUCCGCCCGCCGAGUUGUACAUGUCCUGCAGCAUCCCCUCCGCCCGCGUGUACAUGUCCGGCAGCAUCCCCUCCACCAGCGUGUACAUGUCCGGCAGAAUCCCCUCCGCCCGUGUGUACAUGUCCGGCCACAUCCCCUCCGCCCGCGUGUACAUGUCCGGCCGCAUCCCUCCGCCCACGUGUACAUGUCCGGCAGCAUCCCCUCCACCCGCGUGUACAUGUCCGGCAGAAUCCCCUCCGCCCGCGUGUACAUGUCCGGCCAGAAUCACCGCCGCGUGUACAUUGUGGCAGCAUCCCCUCCGCCCGCGUGACAUGUCCGGGUCGCACCCCUUCCGCCCGCGUGUACAGGUCGCCAGAAUCCCCUCCGCCCCGUGUACAUGUCCGCCCGGCCGAUCCCCCUCGCCCGCGUGUACAUGUCCCUGGCGCAUCCCCUCCGCCCGCGUGUACAUGUCCGGCAGCAUCCCCCUCCGCGUGUACAUGUCGGCAGCUCCCCUCCGCCCCGGUGUACAUGUCCGGCAGCAUCCCCUCCGCCGCGUGUAA